AUGCGGUUGAAAAGAGAAGAGGCUCGGCAUCCUCAUUCUAGUGAUGUCUCUGUGACGAGUACCAGGGAGUUUUAUUCCCUUUUGGAAGCUGACCGGGAAAUAUCUCUAAGCGAUAUAAAUGAAACUGAGAUUGGCACAAGCUCAAGCCUUCAGAAGAGCCUUAAAAGGAUACUAGGUGCUGAUAUAUUUAGCCGGUCCCGGACUAUUACCAUUACUGUCCCAGCAUUAAGAGGGUCCCGGACUAUUACCAUUACUGUCCCAGCAUUAAGAGGGUCCCGGACUAUUACCAUUACUGUCCCAGCAUUAAGAGGGGUCCGCACUAUUACCAUUACUGUCCCAGCAUUAAGAGGGGUCUGCACUAUUACCAUUACUGUCCCAGCAUUAAGAGGGUCCCGGACUAUUACCAUUACUGUCCCAACAUUAAGAGCGUCCCGGACUAUUAACAUUACUGUCCCAGCAUUAAGAGGGUCCCGGACUAUUACCAUUACUGUCCCAGCAUUAAGAGGGUCCCGGACUAUUACCAUUACUGUCCCAGCAUUAAGAGGGUCCCGGACUAUUACCAUUACUGUCCCAGCAUUAAGAGGGUCCCGGACUAUUACCAUUACUGUCCAGCAAAUUAAGAGGGUUCCCUGCUAUUACAUUACUGUCCCAGCAAUUAGAGGGUCUCGGACUAUUACCAUUACUGUCCCAGCAUUAGGAGGGUCCCGGACUAUUACCAUUACUGUCCCAGCAUUAGGAGGGUCCCGGACUAUUACCAUUACUGUCCCAGCAUUAAGAGGGUCCCGCACUAUUACCAUUACUGUCCCAGCAUUAAGAGGGUCCCGGACUAUUACCAUUACUGUCCCAGCAUUAAGAGGGUCCCGGACUAUUACCAUUACUGUCCCAGCAUUAAGAGGGGUCCGCACUAUUACCAUUACUGUCCCAGCAUUAAGAGGGUCCCGGACUAUUACCAUUACUGUCCCAGCAUUAAGAGGGGUCCGCACUAUUACCAUCCCCUCAACAGAAUAG